GCAACUCUGGCCCAAGCUGCAACGACAGUAUACGCGCCGAGCGCUUGCGCAUCAAGCAACUUUCAGUCGUUUAAACUCCGAAAUGUGCAGUGCGUCUUUGACUCUUUGUGCCACAGCGUCGUACCCUAGAACCGUAGAACGUCGGGAACGAGACUACCGGCAUGUCUGCCUCAGACGUCGAGCAAGAUUUCGGGCCAGAAAUGACAUGUCUACCAGGGGAACUCAAAAUCUCCCCGUCCAAGUACUUCGUGGGGCAUACCGACGCAUUAACAUGUGUAGCUCUUUUCCCAGAUAACAAAAUGAUUGUUAGUGGCUCCUAUGACCGUAGGAUUCGCCUUUGGGAUAUAAGAAGUGGGCAAGCAUCAGGGGAACCCCUUCGGGGACACAAGGUUUCAGUGAAUGUGGUGGCCGUGUCGCCCGAUGGAACGAUGAUUGUGAGCGGAGGCGGAGACGGCAGAAUUUUGAUAUGGAACGCAACGACGCGUAAUUUGGCAACAGAGCCCAUUCAAGCGUACCGGAACAAGAUCGACUCUAUUUCCUUCUCUCCCGACAGUGCAAGCAUUGCGUCCGUAGCAGGCACAACAAUCAAGAUAUGGGAUGUGGGCACCGCGAAGCUGAUAAUGGACAUCGAGUCCCCAAACAGCGAACGCCAGGUUGUGUUCUCUCCUGAAGGUGGCAGAAUUGCUGCUGUUUCCCACAUAGCUCCAGGUGAACAGACGUUGCGAAUUUGGGAUGUGAAGACGGGAAAACCAGCAGCAGUCAGCCCUAUCGCUGGCCAUACGGGUGGACUGCUGUCUGUUGCAUGGUUCCCCAAUGGACAACGUCUGGUCACUACAUCGCUUGAUAGAACAAUCCGCCUCUGGAUCUCGGAGACCGGUUGCCAAGUAGGACAUUCACUUCAUGUGGCCUGGAUGGCUAACCAUGUCGCUGUCUCUUCUGACGGGAAGCUCAUUGUUGCUCGUUGCGGAGAUAACUCUAUCCGACUCUGGAACGCUAUUACGCUUGAUCAGAUUAAACUCGUGCUCCAGCAUGUUGAACCGGUGCUCUGCAUAGCUAUUUCAACUGAUAUGCG